AUGUCACUCUCCCCUACUGCAUGGCUCUUCAUCAACAUCCUGCUCUUGCUCCCCUUACUUCACACUGUCUUUGCCACUGCACACAACACCCCAAUAAAUGGUACAUGUGAUGACACAUGUGGCACCAUCCCCAUAAAGUACCCCUUCGGCACUGGAUUUGGAUGUGGCCAUCCUGUCUUUGCCAGAUACAUAAAAUGCAGUUCCGGGACACUCCAAUUCUCUACUGGCACCGGCAUUUACACUAUCUCCUCAAUCGACUACCCGAGCAACACCAUGGUUCUCACAGAUCCCCUCAUGUCAACCUGUUCUUCAAUGCAAAACUCAGGAAGCUUCAUCUUAGAUAGGACCAGCCCCUUCACUAUAACAUCUGAUGAUAUUUUCGUUCUGCUCGGGUGCUCAACAACGUCUCCUGUGUUUGAUGCUGAUGAAGAACUAUGUGAUACCGGAUCAGGCUCUCGCAUUUGUAGAGGGCUGUAUUCUUGCAAGGGAGUGACAGGCAUUGGUUUGCCACAAAAUGCACCUGUUUCUACAUGUUGUGUCUAUGACUCACCACUUGGCCUUGGCUCAGGUUAUGCAUUGGACCUUCCUAAGCUCCAAUGCUCAUCAUAUACAUCAAUCUACGGGUUUGGGGAUGAUGAGGGGGAUCCGAUGAAAUGGAAAUUCGGAAUCUCUUUGCAGUAUAAUGAUUCAUAUGACACCGAGACGUGCAAGGACUGUGAAGCUAGUGGUGGCUUGUGCGGUUUUGCUGGUUUGGACCAGUCAUUUGCUUGUGUUUGUAAGAAUGGGGCGAACAGCAGCAACAACUGCCUUGGACGAGGGUAUGCUUGGAGCGGGACAUGGGGACUAAAAAUUCAACUGAAGAUGAUUCUUGGAGGAUGCCUCAAAACUCUUGGCGAUACAAACUACCAAUGA